AUGCAGCGGCUACGUAAAAAGGAUUCUUUGCAAGGAUUUAUGAACUCGUUUAAGCAGUUUGAGAAAAAAUUAGAUAAACUGCAAGAAGAUGUUCACAUGCAUGGAAACACACUGUCGGAACUCAGAGUUAUGGUCUCCAACCUUGCAGCGUCCGUCAGCACUGAUAACAAACUCGGAGACCCCACGCGCCUUUCGAGGAAAAGCAUAGGCGUACAGUAUGAGAAACGGUUUAUUAACAUGCGGCAAGGUAACAGAUUACCGCUCACUUAUUCAAACAAGCUGACGUCGAAGAGUUUCUUGGAGCAACCAAAAAUUAACCACAAUGCCAAGGAUUCACCGUUUCUUCAGAAAAUGUCAACACCUAUGAUGAACAAGCACCGCAGGAUCAGAAAGCAAGAAGCGCCCAGAAAGGCAACGACCUUGCGUAACCAGAAAGGGCCAGAGAAGCAUGGCAAAACACUAUUAAACAAACGUUAAACUAAAUAACCGCCCAAGUAAACCGCGUAGCUAUAAGGUGCACUUACCACCUGGUGACCACCGUUUAGUUAAAUUAUCAACUAGUAAAAGAUAAAAAGAACAAAAAAUUACUGUGCUUAGAAUUUAGUUUAUUUCAGGUCAGAAUCAUAUUUUCUAAAGUCACUUGCGUGUACUAAUGGGUACUUACGCUGGGUUAGACGCUUUCUGAAAAGAAGAAAGAAAUUAAGAAGACCAAGAAAUAAGUAGCAGACAGUUCGCCAGUUUUAGUUACUUACAGUCUAAAUAUGCUGAUCUCGGCUACAAGAAUUACAACGGAGAUUAGGAUGCCAUACAACAUCAGAAUGAGAACAGGUCUUAGGUCUAGAAGGCCGACGCUGCUAAACGCUGUCAUCUUAUCUGCACAUCGCGGUUUAGGGAUCUGCAUUCGGCGGUUUAGGGACGAUCGUAUUCCAACCU